AGUCACGUGGCCUGGCGCAUGCGCAGCUCGUUGAUGGUGAGACCGUCGCAUCGUCGGUUUGUUGUAGCUUAGUUUGGCAGAUAGAGCCGAAUGCCAGUUCUAAUUUAAGCUGCGUGUCGCAGUUUGGGAACAGGAGCCUGAUGUCGGUGGCGAACGCGAAACACACGGUUCUGAACCCGGUGACCCCGUACACUGGACCCAUACCUGGAGGCCUGCACCCGGGGGAGAUCAUCAUCAUCCAGGGGACUGUGCCCCCAGAUGCUGAUAGGUUUCAGGUUGAUCUGUCGAGUGGCUGYAGCACCAAACCUCGCUCYGAUGUCGCGUUCCACUUCAGCCCCCGCUUCAACGACCCUCCCUGUGUGGUGUGCAACACUCUGCAGCGGGAGAGCUGGGGUCGAGAAGAGACGCUCCACCAGCUGCCCUACAAACGAGGCGCCCCCUUUGAGACCAUCAUCCUGGUGCACAAAGACUGCUUCAAGGUGGCAGUAAACGGAACUCACCUGCUGGACUACAAACACAGAGUUCCUCUGAACAGGGUGGACACGUUUUCCAUUUCUGGGAACGUCCAAGUCCACGCUGUUGGCUACAUCCCAAACUCAGCAAUAUAUUCAGAAUCUGGGGACUUGAGUGUUCCUUACAAAGGCAGUAUACUGAAAGGACUGAGCCCAGGACAGCACAUCACAAUAAAAGGGCAGGUCAGCAUGUACCCUCACAGUUUUACUGUAAACCUCUGCAACAGUAAAACGCAGAACAUCGCUCUCCACCUGAACCCUCGAAUGAAGUCGGGCGUGUUCAUCAGGAACUCGUACCUGGAUGAAUCCUGGGGCCAAGAGGAGCGGGAACAACCCGUCUUUCCCUUUUCAUCAGGGGAAUACUUUGAGAUCCUCCUCCUCAUUCAGCCCCACCAGUUCAAGCUGGCUGUGAAUGGAUCCCACUUGUUUGAGUUCCGGCACCGGGUGCAGGACCUGAGCAGCGUCGACCAGCUGGAGAUCAUGGGAGACCUGGAGCUCAUUGAUGUGAAACUGUGGUGACUCUGAGCUCCCAGAAAAACCCAACCUGCUGAAUUAGCYUCUUCAGAGUGAGCCAGACGAUGGGUGCUGGAGAUGUCUGCGCAGACGUCAGGCUUGAGUUUCAGGUCAGGUUAGUAUUUCACUGGAUUUGAAGCUGAUUUAGUGACUGAAGGACUUGAACGAUGUGGUUUGUUUUUGUUGCCUGAAGCAAAGGGCAGAUGCAUGACAGAAAACAUCAAACUGUGAGCCUCCAUGACUCUUUACACCUACAAGUUUGGUGUCCCUGGGUUGUUUACAACGGUUUAUUCGGAGCAUCUUUGCUGGCUUACAGUUUUUGUAAAUAAAACAAUAUACAGAGCUGUGCAAAAAUCUUGAGCCACCCCAUCAUUUCUUUAUAUUAUGCUUCCAAGAAUUUAGACUUUUAUGUAAUCUUUUAAAAUGGUUUUUAUCAACAUUUCUGAAGGUCUUUCAUUUUUUUUCUUUCAGCUUUGGUUGCUUUACUUGUUUGAUAACCAAUACAAACGGGUACUGGGCUCAAUCCCCAGUUUAGACCUGGGGUCUUCUGUGUGGAGUUUACAUGUUCUCCUUGUGCUUGUGUGGGUUUUCUCCGGGUACUCCGGUUUCCCCCACACCUCAAAAACACGUACAAUAGGUUGGCUUCAGGCCUCCCUUGAAAAAGAGAUCUGUGAUCUCAAUAAAUAACGUUAAAAUAAAAUAAAAUAAAAACUCAAGGGAUGAACCUGGUGUUGUUAACACAUCACUGUUUGUUCUAACUUCUGUAGAUGAAUCUGUGGGAAAAAAAUACUAUAAUUUGACACAAAAUGGUACUUUUAGCACACAGUGAUUACCCAAAAAACUAGAAACUGAAAACUUGUCCUCCAGCAGCAGAUCAAAUGAAGGGUGAUGCAGUUUUAAUGUCCUGCAUCAAAUGUUGAAAUCAUUUCUCCCAAUUUUGAACAAAAAGUUCAGAAAAUGUGUUUUUAAAAAAAGCAACCAAAGUCCAAAAAGGUACUUUGAAAGACCUAAAAAAGAUUACACAGAAGUCCAACUUUUAGAAGCAUAAAAUAAAAAAAUUAUUUGCACAUUAUUGUACAGGUAUUUAAUCACUUAUUGGCUACACUUGUAUGUUAAUUAUAAGUGAGUCAGUAAUUAAGUAUCAUUGGAUGAAAGUCCAAUAUGAAAUGUUUGUAUAGUAGAGUUUAAAUUUUUUUGCAUCAUAAACAUAAUUUGUWCUAAUUUUUCCUGAAAUUUAAUUUUGAAAUGUUCACAUCUAGUUUUUUAUUUGUAAGUUUCUCAUGUAAAGUUGCAGCAAAGAUCAAGUACAAUAAUAUUCCAGGACAAUUACAUACCAUAAUACAACAUUUCCAGACGUUCUAUGUAGACAUUUCUCAUCUCAUUGGUUUCCUAGACUGAGGCAGGGAUGGUUAAAAUCAAAAAAAUAAUUCUGGGCUCUGUAUUAGAUAAGAUAUAAUAAAUGUUACUAUAUCCACUGAAAAGUUUUGUAUCCAACUUAUGACUUUAGUUCUGCAUUGCAGCACAAACAUCCUUUUAUAUAAGGGUUAGAUUUUCACUGAGUCUUUUUACGAAACUACUCUGAAUUAUAGAAAAACAAAUUAAGUCUUGAUUUAAACAAAUGGCUCCGCUGCCUGCAGUAAUUCAUCUCAACCACAAGAUGGCAGAAGAAUAAAUAACCUGAGGCACCUCCACAUGACAGAAAUAACUAGAAACUCUGCUGCUUUUAGCACAUCUCUCAAAACUUCAGGGCUUUCAGGACAGUGUUUUGUUUGUGCAUCCAGAAAUCUUCAUUAGGCAGGAUUGUUUUCAAUCUGUUACCAAAGGCAGUGGUCACAAGAUAAACUUUAAAGGAAACAUAGUCUUAUGACUCCCCAAAUCACACAUUAAUCCUUCCAUAGAAAUGCACUGAAAUCGGAUAAAAAGUUGGUGUUUUAUUAAUAUCCACAGGAAAUAUAAUUUGUAGGUGUUGUAAUAACCAUGAUACAACAAAAGUCUUUGAUUUCUCCUUUACAUAGAAAAAAGCAGGAUGAUAUGCAUGAUGCAGGACAUGAAUCAUUGCACUGCUGAGAAUGUCCAAAAAAAGGCAGAGAGAGAGAGAGCCCAGUCAGAAACAGGCAAGUAACCUUAAAACUUUUUCACCCCACAAAAUUCUGUCAAGCCUGCUGCUCAUUAACAAAAAAUGCAGCCUUUCUGACCUGAAAUGGUGACAGUUUAUUUCUGGAAAUGGCUUACAGACGUGGGCACCUCUUGAAAAAGCAAACUCCAUAUUGCAAUUUCCCAGAGCAAAAAAAAAAAAA